AUGGAUACGUCACUUUCGCAGCUUGUGAAAGUUGAGAGGAGUUUAGGCAACAGAUACAUCAGAAUACUCGCGCUAGACGUGGCUUACGGCAUCAAUUACCUUGACUGCUUCCAACCCAAUCCCAUACUCCACCGCGAUGUUAAUAGCGGCAACGUAAUGGUUUGGCGCCAGGGAGACAAGUGGCGUGGCAAACUGUGUGAUUUUGGAUCAGCGGAAUUUAUGGGAAGCAAGAUGUCGCCGAAAAUCCAGGGAAUCCGUUUUAUUCUGUUCCGGAGGCAAGCAGUUCACGCCAGACUCCUAAGGUAAGAUUUUAUCACUCCUCCACCCCAUCUCUCUCUCCCCCCACCCCGUCUCACAAAAAGCACUGUGUUUAUUGGGAGUGAAAAACCGUUUAUUUGCCGCCAGUAGUUAGAAGGACUAUACCCGAUAGAUCUUUGCAUGAUACAUAUUAGUACAAUGAAGGACAAUAUGGGGAAUCUAAGAUGUUACCACCGUGAAAUUGUAAAAGUUUGAUAUUCGAAACAACAACUCUACACGUGCAUCCCAUUUUUUGGUACAUUUCCUUCCGUCACUGCCAACUGCGACUUAAAAUUUCCAAACUCGAGGUUUUGUAAAGGACUUGAACUCACAUCAACAUUGUUUUCUAACUGUUUGAGCCUGGAUUCCGUCUUGAAGAAACCUCCCCUGCAUUUUACAAAUUGUUCGAGUUGGAAUAAUCGAGAUGAUACUUGCAAGAAAAUGACUUUGAGCGAUUUCCCUACCAAGAGUAACCAAAACUAAGGAAUCGUUAUGACUGCUUACCUUGACUGCUUGCAGUCCGCCUUUUCUCUUAAAAUCCGUCUCGUUCUUAUCUCAGCGCGCUGGCAAACCACGACGAUAACAGACUUCUCGUAGUCUACUGCUUACCAUUUUUACAAGAAUUUUCGGAAGUAAAAUAAACUGUUCAAGGCGUUCAGACAAGAGGGUGGCAGAGGGUGUGAAAGUGGAGCAGCACGACGAAAAAGUAAAAUAAAAAUAAAGUGAAAUCAUGAAACUAUCCGAUUUUUUUCCUCAACAUUUUUUUCGUCGCGCUCAGCACCACUUCCAGCUGCUGUUCCACACUAUCUGUGUUAGUGUAGUAGUAACAAGUCUGGGACCUAAUAAUGUGAGCCCAAGGUACAGGCUGAACUGCAGUGAUUCCCACAUUCAAACCAUUUCAGAAACAAAAAUGUAGCAGGGGUUUUUAUGCAUGAAUACUUGUCUAUAGUCCGGUUAACGUGUACGAUUUCUACCCAGGCCCUUUCGGCCACAAACCAGCUAGGACCACGUGCCCCAAAAGCAACAAAGAGCCCAAGGGACAAGGAAAACAGUUUCUCGUCGGAAGAAUAUAAAUUACAUAUGGACAAAAGAAGUUCAUCUCGUUGGUUAUUAGUUUCUGUACAAAGGGCAGCCACUUUAAUCAAGCGCAAUGACAGUUUCAUUCAUGAUACUAAGAAAAGUAAUGUUAUCGCCGAUAGUUCCAAGUGCUACUCAUUCAAGUCGGGUCAGCGGGGCAAAUUUCCCUUUCAUAAACGGGUUGCUGCCAUUUUAAGACACUCAGAAAGGUUUUGACCUGUUAUUGAAAGUCGGGUUCUAUUAAAAAGAAAGAAGAUCCCAAGCCACGGUCGAACCCGAACCUUACGUAUCCUACUCUCUCUCCCUUACCAGUACACUACUAUACCGACCCUUCAAAGUUUUAAAAAGUUUAAAUGCAUAAAAUAGCAAACUGUCGUUCUUGACUGGUACAUCAAUAACAGGUAACCCAACCCUUUCCAUAACUUUUAACGUAAAUGCAACUUGGGCUUCAAAGUCUUUCUUUCUAAGACUAUUCCAAAUUGUAUUAUUUGCCUCUGCAUCGAUGACUAAAGGCUUAAUUCCAAUGGUGGCAUCGACGUAAAAAAUAUCAACCACCGUUAACAAAAGAUAAGGGCAGGAGAGCGCCCACCUCCUUCCCAGAGUUCUCUCGGCCUGCAAUCGACAUAAACUUUACAAGCCCUUACAAACCCUUAAGUUCUUAUUCAUUUUCUCUCAAACAGAUGGAUGUCUACAGUUAUGGCGUGUUACUCUGCGAGCUCUUUACAAACCAAUCCCCGAUCGUCUGGGAUUUUUCCGACGUAUGAAAACCAGGCCUUAGGAUUAUGCCUAGUUUUCGUACGGUCGGGAAAAUCCUAGGCGAUUUUACUGACUGUUUCACCGCGACCGUCCCAGAUUUUGCCGACUUAUGAAAACUCGACUCAUAGAUAUCCCCGAUCGUUUGGGAUGGUCAGGGACAAAUCUGGAGAAUCGGGAGCGUCUCUAUUUUCCAGAUGCAUCCAAGAUUUCUGCGAUCAGGGUUGGCGAUCAUUCCCGAAUAAAUGAAAACUCAAAUUUGAAGCGGUCGGGGACGUCGGCAAUGGAUUUCGCUCUUUACUAAUCCUCUAAAUAUCUGGGCUCCGGUCGCCCUAUCGCGCAAGUUUUAAUUUUUGACGUACUUGCUAUUUCCCGACAAAUUAAAUAUCUGGAGAAUCUGAGACAGUCUUGUGGCGAGUAUCCAAUAUAAGUCUGGGAUGGUCGGCAAAAAGUAAAAUCCCCGAUCGUUUGGGAUUUUCCCGACAUAUGAAAACCAGGCUUUAAUUCUUUCUCUUUGAUCUCGUGUCCAAUUUACACCGCAACAAAAUCUGCCCAUUUGCACGAACGGUGAAAAUUUCACGUAGUUUACUUAAAAAAAUAGACUGUAGCCAUAAUUGCAACUAUCCGUAAACAAUAUUUGUUGAACUAGAAAUAUAUUUGUUGAACUAUAAAUAGUCGGUAGUAAAAGGCUUCACUCAAAGGGGAAAUAAUUUCUAUAUGUCUGUGGCAUUUGAGCAAAUUUUAAGACCAGACUACAAUCGGCGACAAAGUUGUUGCUCUCACAGAACAAAAGAAUCCACGCCCCUCCAUCCUCCACUCCUUUCAAAGUUGAGGUGUUUCUUGUUUUAAUUUCUAGGUAGCUCCAACAGCGGCACAACAUUGCAUGGAGGGGAUGGGGGAGGAAAAGCUUUAUUUUGCCCUUUAAUUUGAGGUCAGUAAAAACGCCAGAAAGUCCUUUAGGGCGAAGUGUAGCAACCAAUUUUGUCACCGAUUGUAGUUAAAGCUUGUUUAUUCUCUUUCCAGCUCCGACUCGCACUGAAUUCGAAGGAAAAGUUUUCAUCACAUUCUCAAGAGGUCUUUUAG